AUGUCGGCGCCUAGUCCCGGAGGCGAUGCCAACGCGGCUCCUGCAGCUCCUGCACCACCCCCGAAGCCGCGGCUCAAGCUCAACGUGAGCCGCUCGUCGUCCUUCAUUGGAGACGCUGCAGUGACACCUGGAGGGGCUUCCUCGUCCGCACACCCUCCUCUAACGACGCCCGGCGAAGGCCCGCGCAAGGUGAAGCUAAAGAUCAGCUCGUCACAGCCGCCGACGCCGGCGGGAGUCUCAGCGAACAAGGAUGUGUUGAUGAAGGACGUGGGCAAAGACCAAGAGACCAAGAAAGAGAAAGAAAAGGACAAGGAUAAAGGGUUACCACCAGUGGUGACGACGAAAGCGGGCCGACAAGCGAAACCGAGCCAGAAGCUCAUCGAAAGCAAGAAGCGCUCGCUUAGCGACGACGAAGACGAGGCGCCGCUGCGUGGAAGCACGGCUGGCACCGUGGGCAAUGGCCCCCCGCCCGCGACAAAACAAAAAAUCAAGAUCAGGCCCAUCGCCAAGGUAGGUGGAGGAGGUGGCGGAACAAAGGUCAAGGCGGGAUCCAAGGCUGGGCUUACUCAAUUGGUGCUCAAGCCUCGUGGUCGUCCGCCUGUCCAUCCUCCCGGCGAUGGCUAUGACUCCGAAGCCAGCGAUAAUGAAGUCGACCCGGCGAUCGAAGAGCAGUUUAUCCUACGCAUGUUGCCCGGCGAGCACGCAGACUACGUACGCACGUGUAUGGAGAACGGCAAGAUUGGGCUGCCCAAGGCGGCAGGGGGGGCUGAUAUUUACAUGAGAUUUUUCGAAGAGGACUCUAGACGCGGAGUUGUGACUGUCAAGGGCCAGUGCUUUGCGGCUGUCAUGGUCGAUUUGCCCACCAUCACGGAGUCGAUGAAGACGUGGGACCGCAAGUCAUUGAUGAAGUCGGCAGACAUCUGCCAGAUGUUCUACGUAUUCCAGGCUGUGAAAAGCGAAGAGGAAGCGAGGCACGCGCCUCUGCCCAGCAUAAUUGACUCAAACUUCAAGUGGCCGCAUGGCCUGACACCGCCUAUGCACGACUGCGUGAAUCGACGGUUUGCCAAGACCAUCAGCCGCAAGGAAAUCGAGGACAAAGAAGCUGAAGUCGAACGACUUCUCACCGAGGACGCUAAGUGCGCCUCCACAAAAUGGGAAUGGGUCGAUGAGCGUGAAAACGGCUUGGACGAAGACGGAGAGGAGGACGCUGAAGGCGAAAUGGACGACAGCAUGGGCUAUUUCGGCCAACAGCACGUCACCAUGGGCGUCGAGGAAGAAAACGAUUUCGAUCUCGAGGCCGAUCUGGAAGCAGCCUUUGCCGAUGAACUCAUGGCCGAAACCCCCGCUACUGCCAUGGACACCCAAACUCCUACGGCUGCACUCGCCGCAACGCCUUCGGCCUCAAUGCUACAACAUAGCAUCGAGGCAAGCGAAUCUGAAGACGACGAUGAUGACGAUGACGACGACGACGACGACGAUGACGACCUUGAUGAAGAUGCGCGGGCUCAACGCGACGAGGAGCAGGGCGUCAAGGACAUCAUCAAUGAUCUUAAGAAGCAGCUCGCCGCUCGUGUGGCCGACUUUGAAAGGACACAGAACAAGAUUCUCAGGACUCGUCUCGAGAACCAGAUCAAGCAGCUCAAGUCGGAGAUUGAGCUCAAGCAGUCUUCCAUCGGCAUCGAGGCCGAUGAUUAA